AUGAGCAAAAGAAAGACAGGCAAGGGCCCCAGGGCACAAAGGGUAUCCGAAAACGAUUCCUAUCAUGCUCCUGUAAGCCUUGUCCAAAAAGAACGGGGAAAAGUGGACAAAAUCUGCCCAUUUGAUGCUUCUGCCUUUUUGGGUCUGUUGGACGACGAUGACAGCGACAAAAUUGCUGAUGAUGAUGAGGAUAACAAGACGCCGCACAGUCAGAAAGCAAACUGGGAUUCCUAUUAUAUCAGUAGUUAUCCUGUCCCACAAGAACAAGCGAAAAUGGUCCAAUCUUGCCCAUUUUCAGCAGCCUUCUUGGGUUUUCCUGAUGAUGCUUGCGGUCCCAUCAACACAGUUUUCGAUUUUGAUGAUGACGGUGACAUGGCAACUGAAAAGGCCUCCAGCACAAGCGCACUAUCCACUCCAAUGGUGGUUCUCCAAGAUGCUGAGGAGGAUAUCCCUUUCCAGAAGCCUGAUAAAAUGGCCCAACAGCUUUUCUCAUUUUUUACCUUUGGUGGCAAGAAUGGAAUCGCUGACAGACAUGAGGCCCCUCUUUGGAAGCAUGGAAGCCCCGCAACGCCUUGUAAGGUAUCAAGGCUUGCUGAGACGGCCGGACCUUGGGAGCAUGUGGCCCUUUUGACGAUCAUAAUAUGUUCUGACAGCACGGCAUUUAAACGCUCUGAACGGCGUAAACGGAUCAAGAAGAGAUCGAAAAAGUCCAGGAAAUCUUCCCGAAACAGUCCCGAGAAGAUUGUGAUCCCACGCACGCACGUGUUUUUGGGGAAGGAUACCUCAGAAGGAAAUCCGAAAAAGAUUCAUGGACUGUCAAUCGCCCGCAAGGAGAUUUUGGAGGCCUUGGGGCCGGAGGGACUACGCAGCAGGGACUUCACUGAGCUGAUGGCAGCUGCAGUUGACGUCCCUGCUCUACCAGGUACGACUAACAUUAAUUCGGACACAUAUGAGACAGAGCUGCUAGUGGAUUCUCUAUUGUUGGCACUGUUGACGAAUGGCAAGGAAAGUGGAAAGGGAGUCCAUCUGGACACCAAUUGGAAGAGACCAUCUCGUCACGCCUUGAUGCGAGUCAAGAAUGGGGAAGGUCUGCUGAAAUUGGUUGGGGGUUUGGACAAGGCCAAGACCAGCGCCUUUGGCAACAUGUCACUGUACAUCGAGGCCUUCAUGGUCAAGCGCAACUAUCCGGAUGACGAAAGCGAUGACUACUGCAAUCAAGGGGCCCUAGUCCGCCUCAUGUACAAAACCUAUGACUACUACAACCAACUUCUUGGUAAGCUGAGGGAACUGCACUACAAGCAUUUCCAACGAUGGGAAGGAAGUCCUGCUGCGGCUCUCCUGGAUCACCAUUCAGAAAAGCUCCUCUUCAUUCGGUGUAACAGUGUCAACAGGACAGCACAUCUUCUACGCUACUACACCUACCUACGGGACGCUGCGGCGAACGGAUUCAGUGCCAACAAAGUGAUUGAGAGCUUGUGGGAACGAGUAGCAGAGAUCCACAAGGAAAUUGAAAAUAGAGUCCACCGACACCAAGGGCGGCUCGCAAAGCGGCGGGGGGAAAUCACGCACCACCACUAA